AUGUCAGGUCGGGUCCCAUCUAUCGCCUGCAUAGGCGUAAUUGGCAAACACAACAACCCACUGCACAUAUCACUCUUCCCGGCCGAGGAGAGGGCACCACUAGAGUUCCAGUUUCUUCUUUCCUCAUGUCUGGACAUCUUCGAAGCUCGUCUUCCACACAAAACAGCCGAUCAGGACUUUGGACUUCUUCAAGCCGUCGAUGAGAGGUUAGCAAUGUAUGGCUGGCUCACCAACACUGGAGUCAAGUUCGUCAUUGUUGUCGACAUGGAAGGAAGGCCAGCUACUGCACUCGACAGCAAGACCGCGGCUGCUGUUGGGUUACGAGAUGCGGACAUGAAACCUAAGAUCCGACCUGACCCGGCUCAACAUCGUCUCGCACUACAUUUGCAGAAGCUCUACGACAGGUUAAUUGACUAUGAACCGACUGUAGAUUACUCCAAGAGGCUUCAACAACUUACACGAGCUGUUGAUGCGGGCCAAGAUGCGUCAUCGUCACCGACUGAUACACAUGUCAACCGCUUCGGUAGAAGGGGCGUAUGGACGUCUUUACUUGCGCAAAAAGACCAAAGAGACUCUAAAGCAUUGACGCGCGUCUUGACUAGCCACGAUGAGGCCAUGCAACUGCAGAGUCCCAAGGGCCUCAUGCUCCACGGCGAAGUCGGUACCGGAAAGUCUAUGUUAAUCGAUCUCUUCCAGGAUUGUCUACCAAACCGCAAGAAGCGGCGUUGGCACUUCAAUACCUUCAUGCUCGACACCAUAUCGCGUCUAGAGCAACUACGCAUGUCGAGAUCGCUCGUAGCCGGCCCCGGAGCCACUCACGACGAGUACUCCCUACUUCUCGUAGCACGCGACCUCAUCGAGAAGUCUCCCAUCUUGUUCUUGGACGAAUUUCAACUGCCCGAUCGCGCUGCUAGCAAGAUUUUGUCGAAUCUCAUGACGUCUUUCUUCCAACUUGGUGGCGUGCUCAUUGCAACCAGUAACCGCAUGCCAGAAGAGUUGGCCAAGGCUGCGGGUAUGGAGUUUUCACGGCCAGUCAAUCGCCUUAGUCGCCUGGGAUGGGGUAUGAGCAAGAGUUCGUAUACGAGGAGAGACGAUGGAGCUGGCCAGAUGGGAGAGUUUGCAGCGUUCUUGGAAGUGCUUAGGGCGAGGUGCGAAGUUUGGGAGAUGGAGGGAAAGAAAGAUUAUCGAAAGAUUGAGAGGGAAGAAGAGGUAGGGCGAAGAGACAGUGUGCAGAUGCCAGCAUCCGAAGCUCUCGCCAACGCUGCUUCAACUUCAACGGUCGGAGCAGCGGGUACGACAGAUGUUUCUGACGCACCACAAGAUUCAAUUCCCGAGGCCACAGAAACGUCAUCGUACCUCCCAAAGAACUACCUCAUCCAACCCACCACUACAGAAACAAUGAUAAAAUUUGGCGAAUCCUUCAACUCCCUCGUUGAGCACGCAACCAACAGCGAAUACCCCAUUCCCUGGGAAUCCGCAACGCUCACCGUCUACAACCGGCCCCUCGAGAUCCCUGCCCAGUACAAUGGCGUAGCAUUCUUUACUUUCGCCGAACUCUGCGGCGCAGUUCUAGGUCCAGCAGACUACAUCACCCUAGCAUCUACAUACCACACAUUCAUCGUCAGCGACGUGCCCGUCAUGGGCCUGCUGAUGAAGAGCGAAGCAAGGCGACUUAUCACCUUACUCGACGCCAUGUACGAAGCAAGAUGCAGACUGAUGAUGACGGCAGCCGCAGGUCCGGAUGAAAUCUUCUUCCCCUCUCGACCACCGAAGGCAACAGAAUCAGGACAAGAGACUCUUGACAACGAUGCCGUGUACCCAGAAACGUAUUCAGAAAUCUACCAAGAUCUCAACUCGCCCUUUAGACCAAACAUCUCGUCUUACUCGGGCGACUCGCUGUCCGAGGACGCGCUAGAAGACGAUCCUCCGAACCGGUCCCGACGCGAGGGAACCUCUUUCACGGAUGAGCGGAAAUUCGGUCCUGGAUCUCCCGACUUUGCUAAUAUAGGUGGCUUGACAGGUGAAGACGAGAAGUUUGCUGUAAAGAGGGCGGAGAGUCGGAUUUGGGAAAUGUGUUCGGGCAAGUGGUGGGAUCGCUUUUCUGCUGCAGCUCAAGAGGCGACGCCAUGGUGGAGGCCUCUUCCUCUUGAGUCGAGACAUUGGGAGAGGAUUUCUGUUACGUCUAGGCCUUCUUCCUUGACUUCAGCGCCGUCGCCAGAGUCGCUCCCGCCUAAUAUAAAGAUUCUGUCCAAGGAUGAGGUUGAAAAGGAUCGUCAGAAAGAGAUGGAGGACAUGUUCAAACAUGGGGCAAGUCCCUUCCGCACGCACCCUGAUGCGCCGCCAAAGUUUAGCUGGACGCAUGCUUGGGGUAUGAUGACUUGGGGGAAGAAGGCUGGGGCCUGGGGGAAGGGUGUGGAGGGUUUGAAGGAGAGAAAGGAUGGUGAAGAAGGUGAUGAAGACGGAAAGGGUGGUAGGGAAGAGAAGAAGUGA